CAUUUAUCAGCCAUGACCUUCACAAAGGCAAAGCAUUACCAAUAUCUCAAACCAGCAUGCUAAAUUACUCUUUCACCACAAGAGGUUUUCAUGGAAUAAUUGAUCAUUUAUGGUAAGAAUCAUGCAUAGAUGAUAUGAAGCGCUGGUGAACCAUGCAACAUGGAUCUGUUCAACAGCUCAGAUGAGUUCUUCCUCAUCAAUGCUACGGUCAGUCCCACAACCCUGGAGUCCUGGGACGACGCUACUCUCCUCGGCUUUCAGAUCUCCAUCUCUGCCAUGCUAGCAAUCGUCACUUUGGCCACUGCUCUGUCCAACGCUUUUGUGAUCGCAACCAUUUUCCUCACACGCAAGCUUCACACCCCUGCCAACUUCCUGAUCGGCUCUCUCGCAGUGACUGACCUCCUGGUGUCCAUUUUAGUCAUGCCGAUCAGCAUUGUGUACACGGUCAGUAAGACUUGGACUCUGGGUCAGAUCGUGUGUGAUAUCUGGCUAUCAUCUGACAUAACGUUCUGCACGGCUUCCAUCUUGCACCUGUGCGUGAUCGCGUUGGAUCGAUACUGGGCCAUCACCGACGCCCUGGAAUACUCGAAACGGCGCACCAUGAGACGAGCGGCGCUGAUGAUCGGCGUAGUGUGGGUGAUCUCCGUCUCGAUCUCCUUGCCUCCUCUAUUCUGGCGGCAGGCUAAGGCACACGAGGAGCUCACAGAGUGCAUGGUCAACACUGACCAGAUCUCCUACACACUUUAUUCCACAUUUGGCGCCUUUUACGUGCCCACGAUCCUCUUGAUGAUUCUCUACGGGCGUAUCUAUGUGGCGGCUCGCUCCAGGAUCUUUAAAACACCAGCGACCAGCGGAAAACGGUUCACCGCUGCGCAGCUCAUCCAGAACUCAGCGGGCUCUUCACUCUGCUCGCUGAAUUCCACCUCAAAUCAGGAGGGACAUCUUCAUCCUGGAGGAGGGGGAGGGGGAGGAGGAGGUGGGGGAGGGGGAGUGGGAGGGGGAGGGGGGUCUCCACUUUUCACGAACAGUGUGAAAGUGAAGUUGGCUGACAGCGUACUGGAAAGAAAGCGUCUUUGUGCUGCUCGGGAGAAGAAGGCCACCAAAACUCUUGGGAUUAUCCUGGGUGCGUUUAUAGUGUGCUGGCUCCCGUUCUUCGUGUUUACGCUGGUGAUGGGGGUCUGUAAAGACUGCUGGUUUGAUCCUGUGCUCUUUGAUGUGUUCACCUGGCUAGGGUACCUCAACUCGCUCAUCAAUCCAGUCAUCUACACUGUCUUCAAUGAUGACUUCAAGCAAGCCUUCCACAAACUCAUUAAGUUUAAAAGAUGCUAUUGAUGUUACACUCCUGUCCUGUUUUGACACAUUCAUGACUUAAUUAAGAGGAUUUCUGCGGAAAAUAUCUGAAUCCUGUGAGCUUUCAUUGUUCAUAUGCUGUUGAGGUCCUCUGCACCCUGCCGUUUGUUUUUCUGUGAGCUCCUAAACGCGCAUACAGUGUCUGGUCGAUGUAGAUUACUGUUCUCAUGAGACAGCUUGUAAAAUAUCUUGCCAUAUUGUUGAUGCUUCCUCGUAGUUUGAAUGCAUGCUAAGAUUACAAAUCCUUCGCUAGAGAGCAACGUUCUACUGUCUCUGUAACCAAUAACUGUCUAUAAACUGCCUUAUUUAACAGAAACAGAGUGAAAUUAAUAUGAAAGACACUAUUUAAAAAGAAGACAAAUAAAUGAUGGUUGCUGUUCCAUUAGGAAC